AUGCUGAAGGACUCCAUCCAAAUUUCACAAAGACGUCAAUUGAACAUCGCUAAUAUGAGGGAUUUCAAUAAGAAGACGCCAUGGACCAGAGUGUUCAAGGCAUGCGAAAGCUGCCGACAACGGAAAGUGAAAUGCGACGGGGCCCGGCCCUGUCAUUCGUGUAUUAAGCACUCGACUCCUUGCAUUUUCCGCAAGAGCGCUAGGAGGCAGCUCGGAAACUCAAAACAGGUAUUGCCGGCCGCUCAGAGCGUUGAGGAGAGUAUAUCACCGGAUAGCGAUAGUUGCACUUCCCAAUCUACACGAUCAUGGAACGCGCAACAACGCAGUGAUCUGCGAUACGUUUUGCGAGCUCCCAAAACAAGUGAGGGCCGUUCGGGGCGAGGAAAAAUCACCAGAAUCUUCGGUCCGACGUCUCCCGUCGCUGUGCUCAAUCUGAUAUUGGACUUGAUCGCCGAAUCGUACGGCUCUCACCACCAUAACCUGACAGAAGGAUCGCCGAUUAGACAACAUAUAGAUGUUCAGGAGUACCUUCGCCAGGCAUUUGCCACAAAUGAUGUUCUCUGUUCACCAUCGUUGAACCUUAGCCCGCCAGGCCCGUUAGACACAGUCCCUGUUCAGGUUCAGAGUCUUCUUCUCGAGCGAUAUAUCAAAACUUCUUGGAAAAUCCUCCCAUUUCAAUCCCCUGACAGUCUCCGUUCAUGUCUUUCAAGGCUUUCUUACCAGCCAAUCUCGCAGGAUGAGGAUAAGGCUCGUCGCUCGAUUAUGUUUCCUCUACUUGCCAUUGGGUCAAUCACUACCGGCCAUGGGAACAUUGGAGAAAUGUUCAUUAGAGAGGCACAGAGAAACAAAGCAACGCCGCUCUACAUGGGUGACAUCCUCGCUUUACAGAGUGAUAUGCUCAUGAUAAGUGACUUCUCAUUCUUUAACUGUUGGGCAACUAAACUAACUGCCGCUAUCCACGCCCAGUAUCACACCGACUGCGGAUCGUUUGAAGUAGCAUGGAUACAGUUAGGCGAAAUAUUCGCGAAAUUUCUGGCAGCUGGAAUGGACAGCCCAACACGAUCAGCUCAAGAACAGGCCAUCAUCUCAGCGUUCUGCUGUACAGAAAGUUUAUUGUGCAUUGCUCUAGGCCGCAAAGCCGUGUUUUCUAGCAACCUGAAACAUUUACCGAAAAGCGAUAAAACAAUUAUUGGAUUCAUGCAUCCAUUCUUUCGCAUUCUUGCCGACAUCCAGAGCCUUUAUCAGCAACAAAACCUGGAUUUUAUAGAACUAUGGAGUGCUUUGCGCUCGCUUCAUCAGCGUCUUGAAAACUUCUGGCUAAUGGAAGACCCUUCCCAAGUCGCCCCAGAAGGAGAUGAACCGAAUAUGGGAACAGUGUUGUUCCAAUACUCUUUGAUCGUCCUAUACAGACCGUUCUUACUAAUUAAAGCAAUGGAGUCACUUCGUAACAUCAAAUCUGGUUCGAGUCUGCACUACACUUCUGAAGGAAGUGAAACAGCAGCAAUCAUAUCCGCAGCAUGCGAAUAUGCCAUUCGAGCUGCAACAAAGACCAUUAACUUCUUUUCCCGAUUAUACAAAACGAGCUUAAUACAAAAGAGUCUUCCUCUGAACGCGUUCUUCCUUGAAAAUGCUUGCUAUGCUCUACUCAUCGAUAGCUUAUGGGGUGACAGGAUGUCAUUGCAUUCGUCUCUCAUCCAUGCCUGUGUACAUGCUAUGGAACAGACACAGGAACAAAAGUUCACUUCAACGCGACUUCCCGUCAUUAAACAAGUUCUACAGAAAGCUGGAAUAAUUCAAAACCCCGACGAGUUGCUUCCAAAUUUCAUACUAUUGCAGUCUGGAGUCCCUUGGAUGAAUCAGUUUCUGGACAAUCAAUACGGCUUCCUAUGA